AUUAAUAUGUCAGGAAGUAAGAUUCAAGAAUUAAUUGAAUUUGUUCAGAAUUCACUUGAAGAAGACCCUAGAACUAUAAGAUUAGGAAUGAGAGGUAUUCGAGAAAUUCCGUUGGAAUUGAUAAAUUUGGCAACUUCAAAUAAUUAUAAAGUUGAAAG